UCUUUUCUAACUUGACUGUCGGACGGAAAUCAGACAUCCAGGACGUAAACCCACUGGAUCCAGCAGGAUCUCACCGCUGAUGUGUUGGCACUUUGAGUGUUGAAGAUGCUUCCCGGAGCGCUCACCGUGCUGCUGGCUCUAUUCAGCCUCACCGAGAGCAAACAAAAGGACUUUUAUACUUUUAAAGUUGUGAACAGCAGAGGGAAGUUAGUCUCUCUGGAGAAAUACCGGGGAGCGGUGUCUCUGGUGGUGAAUGUAGCCAGCGAAUGUGGCUUCACUGAGGAACACUACAAAGACCUGCAGCAGCUCCAGCGGGACUUUGGUCCGUAUCACUUCAACGUGCUGGCCUUCCCGUGCAACCAGUUUGGGCAGCAGGAGCCCGGCAGCGACAAGGACAUCGACAGCUUUGUGCGCAGAGUCUACGGAGUCUCUUUCCCGCUCUUCAGUAAAAUCGCUGUGGUCGGAACCGGAGCCAACAAUGUGUUCAAGUACCUUGUUGAUUCCUCUGGAAAGGAGCCCGACUGGAAUUUCUGGAAGUAUCUUAUCGAUGUAAAUGGCAAAGUGGUGGAUGCAUGGGGACCAAAAGUUCCUGUCAAAGAAAUCCGACCCAAAAUAGCGGACAUGGUGCGGCAGAUAAUCUUAAAGAAGAAAGAAGAGCUUUAACCCUUCACCCCCUUCACUGCACAGCUGUUCCUGCUGUACGAAAUAUAGCAAAGGGACAAAAUCAACACAUUUAUGUUGCCAAUACAAUCCGACUUUUGUAAGAAUAAACCAUUAAAUUGAAAUCACAUAGUGAAAGCAGAAUGAUCUUUCUGAAAGCACUGAUGAAACACCACUAUGAUUUCAACCUCAGUGCCAGUUUUUUGUAUUUCUUGUGUGUGACGUUUUUAUACCAAAGAGCUCCUGUUUCCGCAGGUUGUGUGGAUUAUGUGUUUGUUUCUAGUUUGUGGAAUAAACUCAAUAAA